CAGGCAUGGCAGUGGUCACUAUGUAGAGGGAGGCUCAACAUACACACUGGCAAGGCUGUAGACACUUAGACACUGAUUGAAAUUAGUUGUUUUUUGUUAGUUUUUAGAGGAAAAAAAAAACAAUUCUGCAACCAUGACCAGUUUUGACGAUAUCUUGGAAGAAGCUGGGAAGUUUGGCCGCUGUCAGAAGCGAAUCUUCGCCCUGCUCUGUCUGUUGUCAUUGCCUUUUGCAGGUGUGUACGUUGGUAUCGUGUUCCAGGGUUUCACCCCAGAUCACUGGUGUCGGGACUCUGCGGUGGUGGAGAGGAGGCAGGCGUGCGGCUGGAGCCUGGCAGACAGUCGCAGGCUGACGGUGCCGCUGGUCAACAGCUCUGGAGCUCUGCAGCAGAGCAGCUGUGAGCAAUACGAGGUGGACUGGAACACCACGACGCUCACCUGUGACACACAGGAACUGAACCUCAGCAAAACUCCCACAACUGCCUGCAAAGACGGCUGGGAGUACGACUAUGAGGGAAGGCAGUCCUUUGUUACUGAGUUUGACCUGGUGUGUUCAGAUGGAUGGUUGGUGGAUAUGUACCAGGCGACUCUCAACGUGGGCUUCCUGGUUGGGAGUAUCGCCAUUGGCUACCUGGCUGACAGGUUUGGCAGGAAAAUGAGCUUCCUGAUGGCCAACCUGUUAAAUGGGAUUGCAGGAAUCCUGGUGGCCGUGGCUCCAAACUACGUGUCAUUAAUGGUUUUCAGAACGCUCUAUGGGUUUGGAGUGAAAGGAGGCUGGGUGGUUGGAUACGUGCUGAUCACAGAGAUCGUGGGGGUGGAAUUCAGACGCACAGUAGGAGUCCUUUAUCAGAUGUUCUUCAGUGUCGGCAUCCUCGUCCUCCCUCUGCUCGCCUACUUCAUCACUGACUGGCGCUGGCUGCAGGUCGUCAUCACCGUCCCCUACAUCCUCUUCCUGUCCUACUACUGGUUUAUCCCAGAAUCUCCAAGAUGGCUUCUCUCUCAGAAGAAAAGGUCCAAAGCUGUGGAGAUCACUGAGGCCAUGGCCAAAGAGAACAAGAUGACUCUGUCCAAGAACAUCGAGACUCUGGCAGAUGAUAACGCAGACUCCAACACUGCCUCCUUCAUGGACCUGAUCAGAACUCCAAAAAUGAGAAAACACACUUUCAUUCUCAGCUACAACUGGUUCACCAGUGCUGUGGUCUACCAGGGUUUGAUCAUGAGGCUGGGUAUUCUGGGAGGAAAUGUCUACAUCGACUUCCUCAUCUCUGGCCUGGUGGAGUUCCCUGCUGCCUUCCUCAUCCUCUUCACCAUUGAACGCAUCGGCAGACGCAUUCCCUUCGCCACCGCCAACAUCAUAGCUGGAGCCUCCUGCUUCAUCACUGCGUUCAUUCCUGACAGCAUGUUCUGGUUUAAGACGGUGGUGGCCUGUAUCGGGCGGCUGGGGAUCACCAUGACCUUUGAGAUGGUGGUGUUUGUUAACACUGAGCUCUACCCAACGUUUGUCAGGAACCUGGGAGUGUCAGUUUGUUCGACUCUGUGUGAUGUUGGAGGCAUCGUAGCUCCAUUCCUGCUCUACAGACUGGCUGUCAUCUGGCUGGAGCUGCCACUCAUCAUCUUUGGGUUUCUGGCUUUCCUGGCUGGUGGUUUGGUGCUGCUGCUUCCUGAGACCAGAGGUGUGCCGCUGCCCGACACCAUCGAUGACAUCGAGUUCCCAGAUAGAAUGAAGGAGAAAGCUGCACAGACGAAGCAGCAGCUGACCAACCUGCUGCCUAACAACGACGUAUCGGCCAACAAAGAUCCAGCGACUGUUUAAUCUCCUUCUGCGACCAAAGUAUUUAUUUCUGUUGUUUAACAGUGUUGCUUGUGGAUAUAUUAGGUACCUCCUUUGAUUUUAGUUUUUUGACUGUGUAGCCAGCUAUAUCAAAGAUUUCUGUUUGUCUGUGACCUUUAUCAUAUUUGUUGAGUGUUGGUGAUGAGUGAUGUUGGAUGACUUAUUGAAAUAUGUGGAUUUUUCAAUAGAAAGAAAGUGGGCGUGAACUCAUGUGCCAUCAACAAUUAUUAUAUUGGUAUAUUAUUAAAUUAUUAAAGAAUAUACUUUUAACACAA